UUCUGUGUGCGCCCACCAUUUUGAUAUCGUUUCGCACAUUAUCUUGUAAAUAUGUCGGGAUUUCAACGUAUUCCAGGAAUUCUAUCAAUUCCUAACAUCAUAAACCAGCAGUUAUAAGAAAUGAACCAGCCGACCGACGUACCUGUAGUUGAAGGCCUUCCUCAUGGAAACCCUGAGAACAAGACUUAUAGUGAUGAGCCAAAAGAAACGGGACAGCAGCAAGAAAAAGACGCUCUUUGCAAUAAAACGUGUGGCAUAGACUGUGGCCAGUUUGAUGAGGGAGUCUCAUCAGAACAACAUUCACACAUACAAGAUCGCUCAGAAGAAGGGAAAAGACUUGCAAGAAAAUCCAUUACAGAGACUCCAUACGUAUGUCAGGACUGCGGAUACAGGACAGCUUAUAAGUCUCACCUUUCUAGACAUAGGAGAAAACAUACCGGUGAAAAACAGUACAAAUGUGACCGCUGCGACUAUUCCGCCACGCAGAAAUGCAACAUAGACCGUCACGUCAUGGUUAAACACACGGGUGAGAAACCCUAUGUGUGUGAGGAGUGUGGGUACAGUACAGCAAACAAGUCGAACUUGACUCAACAUAUGAUAAAACAUACCGGGGAGACACCCUACAUGUGUAUAGAGUGUGACUACAGAGCAGUUUCUAAAUCUCACCUCUCUGUACAUAUGAGAAAACACACAGGUGAAAAACCUUACAAAUGUGACCUGUGUGAUUAUACUGCCACCCAAAAAGGCCAUAUAGACCAACAUGUUAUGAUAAAACAUACUUGUGAGAAACCGUAUAGAUGUGGAGAGUGUAUAUACAAGACGGCGAAAAAGGCAGACUUGUAUCGACAUAUGAGAAAACAUAUACGUGAGAGAGCGUACAAAUGUGAUAAGUGUGACUAUACAGCUGCUCAUAAGUAUCAUUUAGACGAGCAUGUCAUAAUUAGACAUACUGAAAACUGUAAGUAGAAAACCCAGAUAUGUGGGCUACAAAACAGCUAACAUUUGUAUUAAAUGUGUAAUGUGAUUUGGAAAUAGCCUUGUCAUUAA